AGAAUAUUGCCUAUAAGUAGUCCAUGACAAGAGCAUUGUCAUGGCAAUAUAAGUGAAGGGUGUGAAAGAUUCAGCUGCACCAAUGUGGGGGAUGGCGCACAUUGCUGAGUGGAAACCGGUGAUCGCAAUGCUGGUCUUUGACCUCAUCUCUGCCGUGACAACGGCCUUGAUCAAGAAGGCCCUCGAGGAGGGGCUUGACCGUCUAGUACUCAUCACGCUGCGACAACUGGUGGCCACAGUCUUCCUUUCUCCGAUUGCAUUUUUCAAAGAACGGACCACAAGGCCUAAGCUCACACUGGAGAUCCUCAUAUACCUCUUCUUUAGCGCAGCGCUAGGCGCGGCUCUCUCUCAGUAUACCUUUUUCUAUGGGUUGCAAUACACAACAGCAACAUUUGCCAUAACUUUUACAAACUUAGCUCCUGUGCUCACUUUCAUCAUUGCUGUCUUGCUAAGGGUGGAAUCACUGAACAUGAAGAGCAAGGCAGGAGUAGCGAAGAUCAGCGGGACACUCAUGUCGUUCGCCGGCGUCAUGCUUCUUACCCUCUACAAGGGUGUGGCCUUGACACACCAAGGUGACCAAUCUGUGCUUUCAGGCCAGCAUGCAGAAGCAACAACAGAAUCUGGCAAGAAAAGCUGGACGCUGGGCACUCUAGCAUUACUGGCAAACUGCCUGUGCUUCUCCUUCUGGCUCCUGCUGCAGUCCAAGCUCACUAAGAAGUACCCAGCACUCUAUUCCAGCACUGCAUACAUGUUCCUCAUCAGCUCCAUGCAGGGCGGGGGCCUGACGGUGGCGAUACAGAGGCGGAAAUCGGUGUGGGUCCUCAAACAGACAGUGGAAAUUGUUACUGUUCUAUAUACAGGAAUUUUGGGGUCUGGAGUAGGAUAUGUAAUAAUGACAUGGUGUGUCGAAAAAAGAGGGCCGGUGUUCACUUCAUCCUUCAUCCCUAUCAUCCAGAUCAUGGUUGCCAUAAUUGAUUUCUUCUUUCUCCAUGAGAACAUCUACCUUGGAAGUGUACUGGGAUCCAUACUGAUGAUCAUGGGCCUCUAUAUUCUGCUGUGGGGAAAGAACAGGGAUGCCUCAGUGACAGUAGCAUCUGUCAAAGAAGAGGAAGAGGAAGAGGAAGAGGAUAAGGAGAAGCAAACCCAAUCAUGAGGACCAAACUAUGCCAUUGUUUGGUUGUCAAACUGCCGCAUAGAUUCCUCCUUAGUUUCCUAAAACCUAUAUGGUAUAACCAAGAGUAAUAGUAUACAGUACUACCAUUAGUGCA